AUGUUCCCCACCUGGAUCCCAACGGACUGUCCCUUGUGGAACCAUGGCGAGUUUGGCGCCAACACCGCCCGUAUGGCUACAAUGAACGCCGGUCCCUACAUGUUCGAUGGCAAGGUCUUCGGCCUCAAUAUCAUGCCCGGAGAUUGCAUUGGCCACGGUGGUCACUACAACUUUCUCAACCAGACCUGCAAGGUUGUUAUCGACAAAGACCUUUGUGCUCGAUACUACGGUCUUUGGGGCGAUGUGGGCGAAGACACUUGCACCAUGUCUAUCGAUCAACUUCAGCGUGGAGUUGUUGCCGCAGGUGCUCCUCUUACCGAACAGCUCAACGCUCGCGGCGAUCCUAUGCUUGUCGCUCGCAAGGAGAAGGGACCUGAUUGGCUCUUGAUCUGGAUGGCGGUUGGUUUCAUCCUCCUCGUGAUCGCGGCGGCGAUUGCUACCUACUUCAUCGAGCAACGCAACCUUCGUCGUCGAGCUGCGCGCCUUGCAGCUCAGGAGCAGCAGCUCCAGACUCUCGACUCUACGCGCACUGCGUCUACCCGCGCUACCGAGGACCGCGAGAAGGGCAACACCCGCACGUAGAGCGAUUCUCAUCUCAACGUCCUGUUUGCCGUUUCUUGGACAACUUGUAUCUCUUCUGAACAACUUGGAUGAGGUUAGGCACUGGAAGGCUCAUUUGGAUCAAGAACGAGGGAGUUGUUGAAAGCUCAAUUGUCUCUCCGGAGUGUUUGCAUUGCAUCUCUUCUCGGAUUAUGAAAUGGAGUUGGUGGAGUCUAGGAAGGCUUUCGGUCAAACACAUCCGGGGUUUACAUGAUCCCAUUUCACGAUGAUAGGAUAUAUUCGUCCUUCCAAUACAAGUACAUCCGUGCUCACUCCAUUGACUUGUUGUGGUGAUUCCCAGCUUGGUGAAGAU